UUGCUGAACAGUUCGAUUCAAGAUCUUCGGCCGGUUAAGACGUGUUUUCUUGAGCUUCCGGGAGCUGUGAAUGAAAUUUUGUGUUAAUGUUGUUUUCUUUUUGACUCAGUGAUGUGUUGAAGGUCGUGUGAAGUUUCCCCGUUUCCGAAUUGUGGGUCGAGAAAGCGCUUAUGAAAUAGUCGGGGGAUAUUUUUGGUUUUGUGAAGUCAUUCGGGUGUCAAUAGAAAAAAAAACAAGUGAUAUCAAUAAAAGAAAAAUUUUAAAAAAAGUUCAAACGAUAAUUUGUUUUUGGUGAAAAAUGUCUAGCUCCAGUAGCUUAACGACGAGUUUAACUUUGUUGCAUUUCUGAGUCCAAUUUUCACCCGUAAGAAAAACUGUUAUCUGCCUCCGAAAAAAAGCGUUUUCCUGCUUCGGUGCCAACGAAAAAAAACAGCAUUUGAGUGGUAGAAAAAAAGUGGUGCUGUUUCGAAAAUGAGGUUUUCCAUUAGCAAAACCAAAAGCGGUGAAGAUGGGUUGCGGCGAUGUUGGUGGGUUCGGGCGUUGAUGCUGGGAGUGUUUUUGGCAGUCGCGGAGGGAAAGCUUAUGGCUCGGGGAAAAUAUGAGAUGAUGGCAACGCAGAACAAAAAUGUGGACGAGCGAAGUAUUCUGGAUAACGUGAAGGCGGCCUUUGGUGGAGCUGUUAGUGGACGAGCACCAGCACACGAUACGCCCUCCAGUACCUGCAGUUGUCGUUGCGGAGAAAGGAACGACGCCGUUCGGAUUGUCGGAGGGCAACCGACGGGAGUAAACGAGUUUCCCUGGAUGGCCCGGUUGAGCUACUUCAAUCGGUUCUAUUGCGGUGGAGUGCUCAUCAACGAUCGCUACGUGCUCACAGCUGCCCAUUGCGUCAAGGGCUUCAUGUGGUUCAUGGUGAAGGUGACCUUCGGGGAGCACAAUCGAUGUGAUGAUGCCGUUCGGCCCGAGACGCGAUUCGUGCUGCGAGCGAUCGCCCAAAAGUUCAGCUUCCUCAACUUCGACAACGACAUCGCGCUGCUGCGGCUCAACGAUCGGGUCCCGAUAACCGACUUUAUCCGGCCGAUCUGUUUACCGUCUGAUACGGGUGAGUCAAAGUCAACCGAACCAGAAGAAACGCUCACUUUCUUUGUGUUUUUGUUUUGAUUUCUCUCGUUCGCCGAGUGAGCUUCAUUUCUGAACACCCGGUUAAGAUGGGAAGCUUGUUUGAGGAAAUGUGUGAAAAACAAUCAAUGGUGGUCUCGAGAGAGAGAGUUUAUUUUUCUCAUCAUUGAAGAAAGGUCAGCUGUCCAUCUGGGCAAACAAUAUGCAGUACACUGGUCAAUGCUGGAUUGGAUCCAAAUCCAAUACUGAAAAAUGCUAUAAGCAUUUAAAACAUGAGAAAAUUUGACU